CCGUCCUCCCCCGGGAGCGGGAGGCGGCUGCCGGCAGCUCCUCGCGGCUCCUCGGCAGCCCCGCUCCGGCAUGGCUUUCGCCAAUUUCCGCCGCAUCCUGCGCCUCUCCGCCUUCGAAAAGCGCCGCUCCAAGGAGUACGAGCACGUCCGCCGGGACCUGGACCCCGGCGAGGUGUGGGAGGUGGUGGGGGAGCUGGGAGACGGCGCCUUCGGCAAAGUCUACAAGGCUAAAAACAAGGAAACUGGUGCUUUAGCGGCUGCCAAAGUCAUUGAAACAAAGAGUGAAGAUGAACUGGAGGAUUACAUGGUGGAGAUUGAAAUCCUGGCAACCUGUGAUCACCCUCACAUUGUCAAGCUGCUGGGAGCAUUUUAUUGGGAUGGCAAGCUCUGGAUCAUGAUUGAGUUCUGCCCGGGCGGGGCGGUGGAUGCCACCAUGCUGGAGCUGGACCGGGGCCUGACUGAGCCUCAGAUCCAAGUGAUUUGCCGCCAGAUGUUGGAAGCCCUCCAUUACCUCCACAGCAAAAAGAUCAUCCACCGGGACCUGAAGGCUGGGAAUGUGCUCCUCACCCAGGAUGGGGACAUCAAGCUUGCUGACUUUGGAGUGUCUGCCAAAAACAUGAAAACCUUGCAGAAGCGAGACUCUUUCAUUGGGACCCCUUACUGGAUGGCCCCAGAGGUGGUGAUGUGCGAGACCAUGAAGGAUACUCCAUAUGACUACAAGGCAGACAUCUGGUCCCUGGGGAUCACACUGAUCGAAAUGGCCCAGAUUGAGCCGCCCCACCACGAGCUCAACCCCAUGAGAGUCCUGCUGAAGAUCGCCAAGUCCGACCCCCCCACGCUCAGCUGCCCUUCCAAAUGGUCCCUGGAGUUUAGAGACUUCCUGAAGAAGGCACUGGACAAGAACCCAGAGACCCGGCCCAGUGCUGCCCAGCUGCUGGAGCAUCCCUUCGUCAGCAAGGUGACCAGCAACCGGGCCCUGCGCGAGCUGGUGGCCGAGGCCAAGGCUGAGGUGAUGGAAGAGAUUGAGGAGAGUCGGGAUGAAGCAGAAGAGGAUGACUCAUCGGAGUCUGCCUCGCCUCCCGGUAAGCACAAGCGGGACCCCUCUGAGGCGAGUCAGCUGAGUUUUGAUGGGGAGAAGCCUCCAGACUCUUCCUUGCCCAAAGCAGUGAACGGGUCUGUGGGGACUGGCAAGGACACCACAGAUGGGCAGAGCGAUAAAGUCUCAGAUGAAGGGACAAGCAGUGACAAUGACAAAUUGGAGAGCAAUCACUCCACAAAAACACCCGCCAGCUCUGCCACCUCGGCCACCCAGGACAAGCCAGACAUCAUCUUGCAGCCUGGACAUUUGGGUAACUCAACGGAGGGGAACAAGCAGCCCAGGGCAGGCAGCAAGGAGCGGAAGAGCAUUGGGGAACGACCGGAGAGCAGCCACCUGGAGAACUUCACAGAGGAGAAACUCGCCAAUGGGAGUUUGGAUCCCCCGGCUCCGUUACCCGGCAGCCGGUCCAAAGGGGACUCCGAUUCUGGCAGCACUUCAGCCUCUGAAAGCAUGGACCUCACCAUCUCCUUGUCUGCUGACCUCUCCCUCAACAGGGAAAGUGGCUCCAUCUCCCUGAAGGAUUCCCGGAUGAACAAGAAGACGCUGAAACGCACCCGCAAGUUCGUUGUGGAUGGAGUAGAGGUGAGUGUCACCACCUCGAAGAUCAUCAGUGAGGAUGAGAAGAAGGAUGAAGAAAUGAGAUUUCUCAGGCGCCAGGAGCUGCGGGAGCUGCGUCUCCUUCAGAAGGAGGAGCACCGAAACCAGGCCCAGCUCAACAACAAACACCAGCUGCAGCUGGAGCAGAUGCUCCGGCGCUUCGAGCAAGAAAUGAUGGCAAAGAAGAAGUUCUACGACACGGAACUGGAAAACCUGGAACGGCAGCAGAAGCAGCAGAUUGAGAAGAUGGAACAAGAUCACUCCCUGCGCCGGCGGGAGGAGGCCAAGCGCAUUCGCCUGGAGCAGGAGCGGGACCAUGUCAAAUUUCUGGAGCAGCUGAAGCAGAUGAAGAAGGAGGUCAAGAACGAGGUUGAGAAGCUGCCACGGCAACAGCGCAAAGGAAACAUGAAGGCGAAGAUGGAUGACUUCACCCAGAAAAAACAAACCAUGGAACAGGAGUUCUUGGCCAAGCAGAAGGAGGACCUGGAGCAAGCCAUGAAAAAUAUAACUGCCCAGAACAAAAGGGAGAUCUGCGACAAGGAACGCGAGUGCCUGAACAAAAAGCAGCAGCUCAUGAGAGAUCGGGAGGCUUGCAUAUGGGAUCUUGAAGAGCGUCACCAACAGGAGAAGCACCAGCUUGUCAAGCAGCAGCUAAAGGACCAGUAUUUCCUCCAGAGGCAUGAGUUGCUCCGGAAGCAUGAGAAGGAAAGGGAACAAAUGCAGCGAUACAACCAGCGCAUGUUAGAGCAGCUGAAAAUUCGGCAGCAGCAGGAGAAAGCCCGGCUCCCCAAAAUCCAGCGGAGCGAAGGGAAGACACGCAUGGCCAUGUACAAGAAGAGCCUUCACAUCCACUCCAGUGGGAGCGCAUCCGAGCAGCGGGAGAAGAUAAAACAGUUUGCUCUGCAGGAAGAGAAGAGGCAAAAAGCAGAGCGGCUGCACCAGCAGCAGAAACACGAGUCACAGAUGAAGGACAUGCAGGCCCAGUGCGAGAGCAACACGAAUGAGCUCCAGCACCUGCAGAAUGAAAAGUGUCACCUCUUGAUUGAGCACGAAACUCAGAAGCUGAAAUCCCUGGAUGAGAACCACAACCAGCACAUGAAGGAGUGGCGAGACAAGCUGAGGCCACGAAAGAAGGCCCUGGAGGAUGAGCUGAACCAGAAGAAGCGUGAGCAGGAGAUGUUCUUCAAGCUGAGUGAGGAGGCAGAUGGACAGAUGCCAGCAUCCCCAACCAAACACGCCAAGUUCGUCCCUUUCAGCUCCUCAGAGAGCUUAUAACACCUCACAGCUGGCAGGCCACCAGCUGGUACUGGCUGUGUCCUCCUGGGCUGCAGGUGGGCAACUUGGACGAUCCUCUUGGCAGCCUCUUCUUACAACAGCACCCUCCUGUCCCCUCGCUCUGUCUGGGAUAAAUGUGACCCCUGAACUGUGGGAUGCUGACUGGAAGUUGUGGUGGCUUCCCCAGGAGCUGGCCUGCUCAGCAUGGCUCCAGGCUGGGAAGUGGGGCAGGACCCUUUCUGGAUUGUACUUGCACUGUGAGCUGGAUGUGUCGCCUCUCACGUGAGCCUGGUGCUCACCUGGCUGGUCAGCUCAGACUGAAGCAACAACCACUCUGAACAGGAGAAACAGGCCAUGGCUCCUGCCCUCUGUGCAGGGGAUGUUACCCUCUCUCUCCACUGUGGCUGCUCCUUCUGCUGGUCCUCUGUAAGGACUCGCCUGGGCCAGAGCAGCUUUGGCAUUGUCUUAAGAUAACUUUGGCCUUGAAGGCCCCCAACACUUGCCUUACACUGAUUUCUAUCCACUGUGGUCUUUUUUGCUCAAGGAAGAGACAGUGAUAUGGGGGUUUUUGCCUUUGAGUAAGGAGGGUUGGGCUUUUUUGCUUCCUCUUUCUCUGUAUAGUCUGUAUAGACUAUGCAGGAAGGGGACUGGCUGGAUGUCCUCCCAAACAUCUUCUGCUUCUUCCUUUGUCACGAUCACUGGCACCGCAGACCCUCUGGCACCCAGCUAGCACUGUCUUUUCAGGGACUGGAUUAAGGUGUAAUUAAACUGUUCAGCUGGCUGCAGGUUUUUGUCCUUAAAGAAGUGUAUGUGCAUGUGCAGAGGAGGAGGUUUGUAACAGUGAUGACACAGUGAAGUGCCUGUCAUGGUCAUGUGCCUUUUGGUAAGGACAAGUGGGAGGCUGAAGAGUGUUACUGCCAGAGCUCUCAUGAUCACACAUGUGCUUGAGACUUUUUUUUAAGUGCUCUGUAUGUGUGGGCCAUGUGGGUCAGCCAGCCUGGCCACUCUGCAUCAGGGUUAUGGGCUGCAGAGCAUCAUUUGGAAGGAAUAAAGGAGUCAUGAAACAUGGGAAGAGGAGAUGUGAAGGCAGGUCAUGGUGGCUUGUUACUCUCAGCAUCACUUUGUCCAUUGAUGUCUCAUCUCCUUAUGAUGUGCCACAGUUUCUUGGAUGGUUCUCCUGGCUUUCAGCAUGGACUCAGGCUGCAGAGUGGCAGAGCAGUGGCAGGUCCAGCCCUCUGUCCUUUCUGCUUUGUGGUGAUGUGUCUCCUCCACCUGCACCAGGCAGGGAGGGCUUGGCUGAGCUUCUGGGUAGGACUCAGAGCACAGACUUGGGUAGGGGGUCAGAGACCUCAAUGGCAGCACCUUUUUUACACAAUCCAAAGGUAUAAGGUAGCACUUAAGUUUUUCUCUCUGUUCAUCUCUGGACAGCACUGUUUGUUUUAAACCUGCUUCCCUAGCAAUAAAAAAAUGUUUCUGCUUAAAAAAGUUAAAAAAAAAAAGGUGGUUAUUUGAAAGUCUCAAAUAUUGAUGUAGAGACAUACUGGCAUUUCAGGGAAAGGUGAUACGUGAUGUGCCACACUUGUAGGUACCGAGCUGAAGGAGUCAGCCCCCAGGUCUUUAACUCUGUAUCUGAGGUGUGCAUUUCAUACCCAUUUAGAGUUCCUAAUACAUAUUUAUAAGCUUCCUGCAAACUAGCAAGACUUACAUCUAUUUGGGCCAUUCCAGGUUACUUCUGAAUCCACACCAACAAUGUCUCUGUUAAACACAGGCAGGCUGCCUGCCCCAUCUCCAAAAGCAUGGACUGUGCCUUUCAGAUGUGAUAGUGCCAGGUUGGGAGCUGUUGUAAGAUUAAUGAAUGAGGGAUGUUCCUGGACCAGGACAAUGGGCUGGUUUGAGCCUUUUAAUUGCAUUAGAAAUGUGUUACAGCAGCCCCAUUGGUUUUGUUCCUGGUCCUGCAGGGGUCAGGCUGAGCUGUUCUAUGAAAUGGUUGGUGUCACAGAAACCAGUACCUGGUGCCUGUCCUUCAUGUCUUACAUGUGACUUGCAGAAGGAUGUCCUGCAGCACGCUGGUCACACUGAAGGGCAUUGCUGCCUCUGACUGCCUUCUCCACCAGCCCAGGAAGCAUCAACUCUCUCUGGAUAUUUUGCAGCCAUGAGCAAAGACUAUUUCUGGGGGCUCUUAAAGAGCUGAUGCAAUGCCCUCCAUGGUAAAUCGGUUGUCCCUUUCUCCAGUCCAGCUUGUUUGCAGCCUAGAGCAAACAACACAGUUUUGCUAACAGAGGGUAGGAAUGGUUCUGUCUGCUGCCUUUUCCCUAUUCUCUGUUUCCUCUCUGAGUGUGCCAGGGCUCUAAUACCAUUUUCCAAAAAGGGGCAGGGGAGCACAUCAUCUGAUUGUCUUGUUUACAGGGUGGUUAUAUUUUCACUCCUUUCAAAAGAGGAUAUUUUUGUUGUUUCCUGUUCAGAAGGAACCACAAUUAAACCCAGCUUACCUUUGAGAGGGGAUCGGAUACCAUUUUAAAAAAUAUGGCUUUGAAUAAAAAGGGUUUUUUUAAUAUUUUGUAAAGUGACUCCAGUGGGGCCACCACUAUGAUGUAAAGACCCCUCUAAUAAAGUAACAGACUGAGAAACCUG